AUUGUAAAUUAUUUAAAAUUUCUAUAAUUACAAAAUUCUUAUCAUUGAAGCACCCUCUGAAUAAAUAAUUAUAUAUAUAAAUAUAUAUUCUGGUAUUCUCUCCAAAUCUUUCCAUAGUAACAUCGCUUUAGCUUUCUUCUUCUUCUUCUUCUUCUUCUACCAUUCUCUCUUUGUUUCCAUAUCUGUAGAUAAGAUAUAAAGCUUUUGUAGAUUCUGGUUUGGUUUUGGUUCGAAGCCAGAAAUGGAAAGCGCUGCAGAAUUGGUGGCAUUCCCUUUGCUGAUUACUCCAAUCGACUCUAACUACAGAGCCUGCACUAUUCCCUACCGCUUUCCUUCCGAUAAUCCUCGCAAACCCACUCCCACGGAGCUCGCAUGGAUCGACCUUUUCCUCAAUUCCAUCCCUUCCUUCAAGAAACGAGCUGAGAGUGAUUCUACUGUUCCUGAUGCUCCGAUUCAAGCUGAAAAAUUUGCUCAAAGGUAUUCUGAACUACUUGAGGAUUUCAAGAAAGAUCCUGAAAGUCAUGGGGGGCCUCCUGAUUGUAUCCUUCUUUGCAGACUUCGUGAGCAAAUCCUAAGGGAAUUGGGGUUCAGAGACAUAUUCAAGAAAGUCAAGGAUGAAGAGAACGCAAAAGCUAUAUCUUUAUUUGAGAAUGUAGUUCGUAUUAAUGAUGCUAUUGAGGAUGAAGGAAAGCGUCUAGAUAACCUGGUUCGAGGAAUUUUUGCGGGAAACAUAUUUGAUCUUGGUUCUGCACAGCUUGCAGAAGUAUUCUCAAAGGAUGGUAUGUCCUUCUUAGCUAGUUGUCAAAAUCUUGUCCCUCGACCUUGGGUGAUUGAUGAUUUGGAUGCUUUCAAAACAAAAUGGAGCAAAACCUCAUGGAAAAAGGCUAUCAUUUUCGUUGACAAUUCUGGUGCGGACAUAAUACUGGGUAUCUUGCCUUUUGCAAGGGAGUUACUUAGACGUGGGACACAGGUUGUGUUGGCCGCCAAUGACUUGCCUUCUAUCAAUGAUGUAACUUAUCCUGAGCUGAUUGAGAUUGUUGCUAAGUUAAAGGAUGACAACGGACAGCUCCUGGGGGUUGAUACUUCAAAUCUUUUGAUUGCCAAUUCUGGCAAUGAUUUACCGGUUAUUGAUCUGACAUGUGUGUCGCAAGAACUUGCAUUCAUGGCAAGUGAUGCUGACCUAGUAAUUUUGGAAGGGAUGGGUCGUGGAAUAGAGACAAAUCUUUAUGCUCAAUUCAAGUGCGACUCUCUCAAGAUUGGAAUGGUGAAACAUCCAGAGGUUGCACAGUUUCUUGGAGGACGACUUUAUGAUUGUGUCUUUAAGUACAACGAAGCUCAAAGCUAAUAAUCUUGAUACUGUUUUGUAAUCCUCACCCAUUUAUCAAAGGUUAUGCCAUUCAAUACAUGUAUUACUAUUAUGUAAUGCUCAAUGGAACUUAGAGCUCUUAAAAGUCCAUCCUAAUCAAUAAAAAUGACAUUUAUUACAUGAAGUUUAUAUUCA